AUGGUUCCUAUUCGCAAACCAACUGUUAGAAAAGAGUGUCGAUGCUCUAUCUGUAAAAGCAAGACACUAGGAUUCGAUUGUGUAUCUGUUAAAACAUUUAAACGUCAUCAAGAAAAAGAUAAUCAUGAUAUUACACAUGUUCAAACGCCCCAUGAAGACACAUGCAAUACACUUAGUAGUACUGUUUCUGAGCCUGUAAAUCAAGAGGGAGAUAGUUUUGAAUUUGAGCAGGAAGAUGUUGAAAUGAAUUCUGAGCUUAGAAACCUAAAUGACACAAAUACCAUUUUGGAUAUACGGACAAGAAACCAACCUUUCUCUGAAACAGAUUGUGUGUUUGGCCCUGAAGAUAAUGUCCAGUAUACAAGUGACACUUACAAAGAAGAAGAAGAAUAUGAAGAUGAAUCCGAUGUUGAGAUAGACAAUGAUGAAGGUAGGUACACAGCUUUAGAUAAUAUUAUAUCCUAG